CUUUCACACUUUUACAAGUAGAACAAUUUCAUUUAGUAACAUCUUGCUUUUUUCAUGCGGUGAUAUGACUGUCACAACUUUCACAACACAUUAUUCUGUGUUUGAGGGAAUCUGUAAAACCCAAAGACAAAAAGCUCAAUGCCCUUUUUUCCUUUUAAGACAAAUGAUUAAGAUAAUGUUAUUAUUAUUAUUUUUUUUUUUUUCUUUUUUUACCGAGGUCUUCCGUGACAUUGCCUGACCACCUGUGUUUAAAAGUAGGGUCAUUUGCAUGCAGUAAGUGUUACUCUGGGUUGAAUGUUUUCACUUCUGUAAAUGCAUGAAUGCUAUGUGAAGCUGUCUUUUUUUUUAGAUUAAUUCCUCAUCUGUAAACCGUAAAUCUACAGGUAAAGAUGCAGAUACUCUGGGUCAUGUUCGGACCUGGAUUGUACCUGGUUUUUGUACUGGAUCAACUCAGUUUGGUCAAAACAAUGAACCCUAAAUUCUACCCUUGUGACAAUAACACAGACAGCAGUGGAAACAUACAUUUAGACUGCAAGCACAGAGACCUCACAAGCAUCCCUAAGUUUAUGUCCCUUUUUAUCAUCUCAUUAAACCUGGAAGAAAAUCGUAUACAUCAAGUAAAAAGUGAUGACUUCUCAGGUAUUCCAAAUCUUCAACGUCUUAGCUUGAUGUGGAAUUGUUUGCCUGGUCGCCUCAAGGCGUUGAAAUUACCUUCAUGCCAAGUGAUUAUUGACCGUGAUGCUUUUGUUAAUCUCAAGAACUUGACAUUUCUUCAACUGGCAGGAAACAGCCUCAAGACUAUUCCUCUACUACCAAAGCAUCUUGAGGUUUUGGGAUUAGAAUUUAACAAUAUUUUUCGGAUUGAACAACCCCUAGGAACACCAUUUCUCAAACAACUGCUUCUUGCCAAAAAUUGCUACUAUGCCAACCCCUGUAAUGAAUCAUUUUUCAUUGACCAAAGGGUAUUUCAGGAUUUACCUAAGCUUCAGAACCUUACUCUUGGCUUUAAUAAUAUGACCUCUAUUCCCAAGCAACUGCCGUCCUCACUGGAAAGUCUAGACCUGAAAGAAAACAUGAUCACAGAGAUUCGGGAUGACUCUUUUACAAACCUCACUAAACUCAGUUUCCUUAACCUGGAGUGGAACUGCCAAAGGUGUGAUCAUGCAGCUCAACCGUGUUUUCCUUGCCCAAAUAAUUCAUCCUUAGUCCUCCAUGACAAAGCCUUUUUUGAGCAGAGAGACUCUCUUGUAAACCUUAGUCUACGGGGAAACUCACUCAAUUCAAUUCCUAAAAAUCUUUUUACACAUCUAAAGAAACUAAAGACACUUGACCUCUCAGACAAUCUCCUUGCCUUCAGCAUCAGAAAUGGCACAUUUUAUGAAGAACUACAGGGUGUUAUGUCCCUGAACCUUCUCUAUAACUAUCAACCUCAGAAAAUAUUUUCAGAGCUGAUACUGUCACCCUCUAUUAGCAAAAUGAAGUCCUUGCGGAAACUUCAUUUAAGUGGGCUUUUCUUUCAUCGCUUGUCUAAUAAUAGCCUUGGGCCUUUGUUCAACCUACCACAACUUGAGUAUCUGGACCUGAGCAUGAACUUUAUUAAUUCUUGUAAUAUAACUGCAUUUAAUCAGAUAAGAUCCUUGAAAAAGGUUGUGCUUUCACAGAACAUGCUAACAAUCAACCCAUUCUAUAUAGUAAGCUCUAGUGAAGCCCUGAACCUGGAAAGAUAUGAGAGAGAUGACCACCAGCAAGACAUGCCUGCUUCUGAGUCAAAGCUCCAGAUGAACUAUUUGCACUGCACUGAUGAAGAAUGUCCAAAAAGUUUUUCAAUGUGGAAUUUCGUAAAGUGUUACUGUUAUAGAAAACUCUUUUUUGACUUAUCACAAAACAAUAUCCCAUGGUUGAAUGUAAGUACUUUCAAAGGAAUGGAGAAAACUGUGUGCUUGGACCUGUCCUAUAAUUAUAUGAGUCAAGCUUUAAAUGGCCGGCAGUUCCAUCCUCUUAACAAACUGGUAUACCUCAACAUGGCACAUAACCGCAUUGAUCUUUACUUUAAUGAAGCAUUCCAGGAGAUAAGGAGUACACUUAAGGUUCUUGAUCUCAGCAACAAUGAAUUCCAUUUUCACAUGAGGGGAAUAGGGCACCGCUUCAAUUUCAUAAAGAACUUGACUUCGCUUGAAGUUCUUAGUUUAGCAAACAAUAACAUUGGCAUACGAAUAUCUAGCAUUAUUAAUAGUACAUCUCUGAAGUGUCUGUUAUUCUCCGGAAAUCGUUUGGACAUCAUGUGGGACACCAGUGGAGAUCAGUACAUACGAUUCUUUCAGGGGUUGACAAACCUUACAUACCUGGACAUUUCAGACAACCAGCUUAGAUCAUGUUCCCCAGAAGCAAUAGUUAACCUUCCUCUAAGUAUUCGUGUGCUGAGGAUGGACUCGAACCUGUUGAAUUACUUUCCCUGGGGAAAUAUCUCAGUUCUCAGUCAACUGUGCUAUCUGAACCUGAGUGGAAACUAUCUUUCUAAAUUACCAGACAGUGUUAUCUACUUUGGCAAUAAGCUUAGAAGCCUGGACCUCAGUCAUAACAGAUUAAGUGCAAUUUCGGAGUCUUUCUUUAGUCAGGCAACAGGUCUUAAAGAACUGAUGCUCAAUCACAACCAGUUGAAGAUCUUAGAUAUGCACACUCUUCCUCCAUUAUUACAGAAAGACAAUACCAAUUGUACCACUUCCAAAACUUCCUGCAAGCUAACACUGCAUGCUAACCCAUUUACAUGUAGCUGUGCCACUUCCUGGUUUACUGAUUUUCUGCGAAAAAGUCCUGCAGAUAUCCCCCACCUCACUACAGAUGUUCGCUGUGGUUUUCCUGAAUCACAGACAGGAGUAAAUGUCCUUUCCAUUGAUCCUCGCUCCUGCCAGGAGAUAUUUGGCAGUGUUUCCUUCAUCUUUACAUUCCUUCUUACUAUUGUAGCAACUGCAAUCCCCCUUUUAAGGCAUCUAUAUGGUUGGGACCUGUGGUACUGUUUCCAGAUACUGUGGGCAGGACACAAGGGUUAUACUCCACUUCAAGGAAACAACAUGAACAACCAACAUGAUGCAUUUGUGGUGUUUGAUACAAAGAAUAAGGCAGUGAGAGACUGGAUCUACAAUGAGAUGUUAAUUAACUUGGAAAGCAGAGGAAGAAGGAAAUUCCGGCUCUGUCUGGAGGAACGGGACUGGGUACCAGGAGUAUCAUGCAUUGAGAAUCUACACAACUCAGUGUACAACAGCAAGAAAACAGUGUUUGUGCUGACUAACCAGGGUGGCUGUGCUUCUGUGAAUGGGGUAAUAAAGCAAGCUUUUCUUCUGGUCCAGCAGCGAUUGCUGGAUGAGAAAGUGGAUGUUGCAAUUGUAGUCCUCCUGGAUCCUAUUUUCCCCAAGCUCAAAUACCUGCAGAUGAGAAAGAGACUCUGCAGAAAGUCAGUUCUCUCCUGGCCAAAGAACCCUCGAGCCCAGCUUCUCUUCUGGAAUAACUUGCAUAUUGCUCUAGCAUCUGACACAGUGAGAUCCUAUGAUAAAAAAGUCACAGAGAGCUUCCUAUCUAAUGAUAUUCUAUAAAAGAGGCACCAAGAUGUGAUGUUUACAUAGUAAAAAAUUCAGAAAAUGUAUUUAUUUAACAUGUUUUGUUUAUUUACAUAUACUGAAAAUGUGAAAGCAACACUACCUGCAAGAAUUAAUAUAAUGUUUUCUUCAAAACAUUACAGACAGUGAUAUGCUUUUUAACAUAAAAAACGUGUAUGACUAUGUGAAAUCUCAUCUUGGAGGCAGGAAUGCACCCUGUACCAGAUGCUAGUCUAUUGCAGGCUACCUAAAACAUGCAUGCUUUUAUACCAAGGGGCAAUUUAGUAGAGCCAGCCCACCUAUUGGCUUGUUUCUGUAGUUGCAAAAAAAAAGUGGUAUCUGGAAGGAGUGAAUUCAAAAUGCCUAAAACCAUGAAGCUCCAAAACUGUCUGCUGUAACGCAUAUUAUGUAUGUAUCAAUGAUUUUGUAAAAUAUUCUUGAGCAUUGCUUGCUACCAUGCUUUUAGCCUGUAAUUAAUAUUGUGCCUCACUGAUACCACAAUCACUUUUGCAUAUGCCUGAUGAAAAGUAUUUGCCAACUUUAUAGCAGUAUCAUGUGCUUGUAAAUAUUUUCGAUUUAAAAUAAGAACCUGUAACGAGACCUGUUGUAUGAAGAUAUGUACAGCAUAAUAUAUGUAUAUUUAGAACUUCUAAUGCAUUUUUAAGAUCAGUUCAAAUACAUUUUGCCUUUUGUGUAUUUAAUCCUUUUUUUCUCUUUUUUUUAAAAAAAGAGGUUAAUACACCUUAUGGACCAGUCUUCAUGAUUAACUCAUGUACUAUACACAUGUGCUGUUGUCAAGCUGGAGAUUCUCCACAAGGGGCGCUAUUAACACUCACAUAGCAAAGGCAAAAGAUCAUUACCUAUUAAAUAGUACUUAACUUAAAGUUGAGCUAAAUUUAACCAUAUCUACUGGGGUGUGUUACAAUGGUAAUUGCAUGAUUAAACUAAUCUCAUGUUACAGAUGAAUUAAGUGUAAUUUAUUACCUGACUUACACCCAGCACACUGCAAAUCACCUUAACCGCUAAACAAACAAACUGCCUUAAACCG